AGCUAACUUGCUCACUCCCUGAGAUACUCAGGUCACAGAAGCAGUAGGUCAGAAGGUUGAGGGGACCUGAGGAGUGCCACCCUGGAGCCUGCCAGCACUCCUAUUAAAAUGGAGGCUUUAGAUGGCCAAGGGGGUGAAGGAGACAAGCCAAUAGAGAAGGUGAAGAAUGUGCCCUGCUUAGAGAGGAGCUCCAGCACCAUCCCUGCCGGAGACUCACUUGUCUGCCAUGCCAAAGGCUUGGGCCAGGACACCUUCAAAAUUUGUAAAGAAUAUCUGCGGCCGCUGAAGAAGUUCCUGCGCAAAUUGCACCUGCCCAAGGACCUUCCCCAGAAGAAGAGGCUAAAGUACAUGAAGCAGAGCCUUGUGGUCCUAGGGGAUCACAUCAAUACCUUUCUGCAGCAUUAUUGCCGAGCCUGGGAAAUCAAGCACUGGAAGAAGAUGCUCUGGCGAUUUGUCUCCCUCUUCUCUGAAUUGGAAGCCAAGCAGCUUCGCCGCCUGUACAAGUACACCAAAACCAACCAGCCGGCCAAGUUCCUGGUGGCAUUCUGCCCCUUGGAUUCACCGGAGAGAUCCUUGCUGGCUGACCAGGAGGACAGUCUGCCCAAGCUCUGCAAUGCCUGGGGGCUGCACAGCAACAUCAGCGGCAUGAAGGAGAGGCUGUCCAAGAUGCAGGCCCCGGGCAGAGAGGCCCCUGUGCUGGGGGAGCCAACAUCCCAGCUCCAUGUCAAGAGAGGUUCUUUAACGAAACUUCCUCAAAAGCCAAAACUCAAGAGAAAGAGGAUUAAGGAAGCUCAAGAAACUCCAGAGACCUGCCAAUAAGAAGACCCGCUGGGACAGAAGGCCUGCUCACCCUGGCUCACAGAGCACUACUGGGACUUGGACCUGUCAGCACCUGGGGGGAGGGGACCAAUGAGGGAAAAGAACAAAAUCAUUCUUAUUGAAGGGAUGCUCAGGUCUUGAUUAUGAAUAAAUGGGGUGGAAGAUAAACAUUACUAAGACAA